UCCUUCCCAUUCACACUUCCGUUCACCCAAACAACAACAAAAACGAAAACAUCAAAAUCCAAAGCGGCAACACACAGAGAGGGGGAGAGAGAAAAAAACAGAAGAAGCCACUCUCUCAUUUUCCUUUUAUUCUUUUUCUUCCUUUUCAAAAACCCUCCUCAAUUAGAUAGAUCUUUGUAUAAAUUUCCAUCCGCAGAAAACAUUUCACCCCAAAACCCUACCCAUUUUUUUCUACUCAUUGUAGCAACCCUGUAUCAUACCCUCAGAAAUUCUCUCUCUUUUCUUAGGGUUUUUACAUUUUAGCUUUUUUCACUCAUAAUUUUCAUAGGAAUUUUUGUACAUUGUAUCGCUUCUAUUAGAUUAGAAUUUAGAGCAGAUUGUUAGGUUUACCCUUUUUGUUUUACUUUUUCAAUUUUCGGAAUUGGGAUGAACAACAACAACAACUACUACAACAGAGCGAGGUACCCACCACCUGGGAUCGGUGGCGGUGGUCUUGGACGAGGAGGAGGAGGAGGAGGCCCUGGUUUCAAUCAAAACUCACCGUUUCAGCCAAGGCCUAAUUACCAGCAACACCAGCAACAGCACCAACAACUACAACAGCAGCAUCAGCAAUAUGUUCAGAGGCAGAUGGUGCAGCAACAACAACAACAGCAGCAGCAGCAACAACAACAGCAAUGGCUGAGAAGGGCGCAGAUGGGUGCUGCUGACUCCAACGUCGUGGAUGAGGUUGAGAAGACCGUGCAGUCUGAAGCCAUUGACCCGAGUUCUCAAGAUUGGAAGGCAAGGCUAAAGGUUCCACCACCUGAUACGCGUUAUAAGACAGAGGAUGUGACAGCAACUAAAGGAAAUGAAUUUGAGGAUUAUUUUUUGAAGCGAGAGCAGGAUUUUGUCCUAGUGUAG